AUGUCAUCGGUACAAAGGCCGACUCGAAGACUAAGCGCGCGAAUUCAAGAGAAAGAUGACGCGACACUAUAUUCAAAUCGGGAACAAAGCGACCGAAAUGUGAGGACAAUUGCCGGCACUUCAGAUCCUGUGGCAGCGCAAGCAGCCAGACCUUCCAAUGAGAAGAAAAGGAAGAUGGACUACGAUGAGGAGGACGAUGGGUUUCAAUUUAAACGCGUCAAAAAGAAGCCAUCUCAAGCGAAACCGACAGGUAAAGAGAGAGAUGCUCUAUCAAGUCGAAAUAACGCGCCCGAGCCCCAGCCGGCAAGUGAUAGGCCCGACAUUUCGAAGAAUGAAGAGAUAGGACGGAAACCCACACAGCGGAGGAAUCGAACUUCAUUUCCUACACCCAGCCCAAAGGAGGAUCCUCCCCGACGUCGCUCAAAACGUUUAUCCAAAGACAACGAGCAACAAGUUGGAAGUCCUGUCAAGAAAAGUGUGCGUAGGGAGGAGCCGACGAAGAGCAAACAUCACGCUGAAUCACCCCGCAAGCAAUCGCCGGAGAAGAAAGUGGACGAACCACCGCCCAAGGAACCGGAAGAUAAUGCAAAAGAGGAGACCACUUCUAUAGUCCAACAAGACCAUGCCCCAACCAAGAUCGCGCUGCCGUUUGCGGACACGCCGGUUAUCAAACGGAACAAAGCCAUGCGUGAGGGCAAGGCCGGCAAGGGCGAAAGGAGGAGCAGCUUGGGCAUGCGCGGGCGAAGGGCCAGCUCACUCAUUGAAUCAGGGAACUCCAGUGCAUUGCCUCAUCCAGAACUGGAUGUAUCAGACUAUUAUAAGCACAUUGAAAGCGAGGGUCUCCCCGAGCCCAGACGGAUGAAGCAGCUUCUCAUCUGGUGUGCCGAGCGCGCUCUCGAUGAGAAACCACUGGGCACAGGAUUUGGAGAGGCCAGCGCAAGACAAGCAGCGCGAGUAAUCGAAGAAGAAUUGUUGAAAGAGUUGGCCAAUAGAUCUGAUCUAUCAGACUGGUUUGGUCGCGAAGAAGUACCUGUGCCAAAGGAACCACUUCCAGAACGGCCGAACCCGAAGAACACGCAGAAUAUUGAAAAGAUUGCCGAGUUAGAGGAGCAAAUCAAAUGUUUGCGACUCGAAAAGGAGGCACUCGAGAAGUUGCUACGGCCCCCUAGCGUGGCCAGCUUGGGUGAACUUGACGUGCCAACGAGUCCGUCAAAGGCAACGCAAUUAGACAGAUCACUCCUCUCUGAAGCAGACGCAGCUGCACUCGACAUACUAACUCCCAACGCCCCGACGACCACGGAUCACAUAUCACAGCGCCUAGGUGGCGUUCUGGAGUCGAUAGGGCCGACCGUCGACACGUUUGCGGACGGCAUCCACAGAAUAGCGCAGUACCGCACCGCAGCAGACGGUGUAGCGGGGAGAGCAUUAGCCAUAUGCGCCGAGAAGCUGACACAGCGGGAGAAAGAAGGAAAACGAAAGGCCCUAGGAAUGGAAUUAGGGAGCCCUCCGAGAGAUCUCGGGGGUGUGCUGAGGAGUUUGAGCCGAGCAGACCGAUGA